CAUCUGGAUUAUUAACCGAGAAAUAUAAAAAACAGUCCCGUCACAGUGAGAUAUAAAACUGACAGGAGUUCAGUCCUGGGAGAUACUGGAGAGACAUACCGAACAAUAUUCCCUGCAACUCCUCACUUGAAGACGGCUGCAGACACACCCGAGCCCCUCUGCUCACAGUUAUUUGCUUUUUUGUUGGCAAACCGGUAGUUUGCACCGGUUCUUCUCCAUGUAUAAAAUGGAUUACUCCUACCUGAACUCAUAUGAUUCCUGCAUGGCGGCCAUGGAAGCUUCGGCCUACGCGGACUUCAGCUCCUGCAGCCAGGCCAGCUCCUUCCAGUACAACCCGAUCCGGAGCGGACCCUUCUCCAACCCGGGCUGCACCCCCCUCAGCACGGCCAGCUGCACCCUGGGAGCCCUGCGCGAGCACCAGCCCACACCCUACUCCUCAGUCCCUUACAAGUUUUUCUCGGACCCCUCCGGCCUGAACGAGAAGAGGAAGCAGCGGCGCAUCAGGACCACCUUCACCAGCUCCCAGCUGAAGGAGCUGGAGAGGGUCUUUGCCGAGACGCACUACCCGGACAUCUACACCCGGGAGGAGCUGGCGCUAAAGAUAGACCUGACCGAGGCAAGGGUUCAGGUGUGGUUUCAGAACAGGCGUGCUAAGUUUCGUAAGCAGGAGCGUGCAGCCAACUCAAAGGCCAACAACUCAAACGGCACCACGGGCAGCAGCUCCAGCAGCAGCUCAGGAGGGAAGAAGGGCGGAGAGCUGAGAUCUUCAUCCGAUGAUGACGAGUCCAAAGAGUCUACCUGCAGCCCCACGCCUGACAGCACGGCCUCCCUGCCGGGCUCGGCAAAUGGGAACAUGGGCAGCCCUGCCAGCCUGAGCCCCAGCCCGGCUCCUGCCAACAGCGGCUACAUCAACGCCUCCAACUCUCCGGUGCUGCAGGGGCUGAAGCCGCCCAGCUGGUCCAACCUCGGGCCCUCCAACCCAGCCGUGGCCCAGCCCGCCGCCCAGACUCAGGAGAUUCUGAAGGCCUGGCAGCCGGCAGACAGUAUGACCGGGCCCUUUGCCGGAGUCCUGUCCUCCUUCCACAGAAAACCCAACCCCAACAUCAAGACGAACCUGUUCUGAAGCCCAGAGGAAGAGGAAA